AUGGCCCAUCCAAUCUGUCUGAUUGAGAACACAGAGGAGAAUAAGCUGAAAACUAACCAGGAAGCUCUAGAGAUUCUGAGCUCCAUCACUCAGCCUGUUGUUGUGGUGUCCAUUGUGGGCAAGUACCGCACUGGGAAGUCCUAUUUGAUGAACAGACUGGCUGAGAGUAAUUCAGGAUUCCCUCUGGGCUCCACUGUCCAGUCCAAGACGAAGGGCAUCUGGAUGUGGUGUGUUCCUCACCCCUGCAGAAAAGGUCAAACUCUAGUCCUACUGGAUACUGAGGGCCUGGGAGAUGUUGAAAAGGGAGAUCAGAAAAAUGACCACUGGAUCUUUGCUCUGGCCAUCUUACUGAGCAGUACUUUGGUCUAUAACAGCAUUGGCAUCAUUGACAAUGAAGCACUUCUAAGCUUGCACUUUGUAACAGAGAUCAGUGAAUUCAUCAGGGUGAAAUCCAGUAAGGAGGAUAAGGAAAAGGCAUCAAAUGAAUUUAUGCGCUUCUUCCCAUCAUUUGUGUGGGCUGUAAGAGACUUCAGUCUGGAACUGGAUAUAGAUGGGAAGAAGGUCACACCUGAUGGGUAUCUGGAGAACUCUCUCAAACUGAGAAAGGGUAAGAAUAACAUUAUUUCAGAGAAUUCUUCUGCCUUCUCUAUUGAACUGGGCAAUACUCCUCGUGAAUGUAUCAGGAAUUACUUCCCCAGCCGGAAGUGCUUUGUUUUUUACCAGCCUGGCAACAGAAGUCAACUGAAGGAAUUAGAGAAACUGAGAGACAGUGAUUUGGAUCCUGACUUUGUCAAACAGACUAAUGACUUUUGCAGUUACAUUUUCAACUGUUCAAAGGAGAAAAUUAUUGUGGGGGAUGUCACAGUCACUGGAAAUAUGCUUGGCACCCUGGUAUUGACGUAUGUGGACGCCAUUCGAAGCGGAGAGGUCCCCUGCUUGGAGAAUGCAGUGGAUGUCCUGGCUCAUAUAGAAAACUCUGCUGCAGUGGAAAUUUCUCACAACCUCUACAGAAAUCUGUUGGAUGAGCGGGUAGUUCUGCCCACUAAUACUCAGCAGGAGGUCUCCGGUGUUCAUGACGAGUGUAUGAAGGAGGCCCUGAAGCUCUUCAUGGAGCGCUCAUUCAAGGAUACAGACCAACUCUACCAGAAAGCUCUCAUGGAGAACAUAAAGAAGGAGUAUGACAGAAAAUGUAAGGAGAAUGAGGAACUCUCCUACAAGUUCUGUAAUGAUCUGCUGGAGGAGCUGUGGAGAGACAUUUUCCAGGAGUUCUACAUGAGACCAGGAGGAUACACUGAUUUUAGGAUCGAGGUGGACAGCAUCAUUCAGAAAUACAGAGACAGGCCCGGUAAAGGCACAAAGGCUGAAGAGACUUUGCAGACCUUCAUGAAACAGAAGAAAGAAAUGGAGUCAUGUAUUCUUGUGGCAGACAAAAAUUUGACGAAACAGGAAAAGAAACUAGCAGAGGAGAAAGCGCGUGCUGAGCUGGAGAAGUUUAAAGCAGAGGCAGCCAAGAAAAAACAAGAAAUCCUUGACCAAAGACUCUUAGACGUACAAAAGGCACACAAGGAAAAUAUACAGCAAUUAGAGGAAAAAAUGGAGAAGGAACGCAAGGCAAUGAUUGAAGAAAAUGAAAGGAUUCUUGAAAGGAGACUUGUGGAACAGAAAGCUUUACUCGAGGAGGGGUUUGAAAAGGAGGCCAAUUUGUUGAAUGCUGCUAUUGAGGAUUUAAAGAAUAAGAAACUGGAGGAGGAGAAAAGCCAUGUAUGA